UGCACUGACGAAUUGUUUUUUUACAUUUUUAACUAAAAAUACUUUCUUUUGAUUAGUUUAACCACUUCUGGCAACUCAAAUGAGUCCCAGUAAGAUUCCACCAUUGACCUACAAGGUCGUGGCGGAGUGUUCCGUCUCCAAAGCACGCGCCGGUCUCAUGACCCUCAGGCAUAGCGAGGUAGACACACCCGUCUUCAUGCCAGUUGGUACGCAGGGAACCUUAAAGGGCGUGCUGCCGGAUCAGCUUAUCGAAAUGAACUGCCAAAUCCUGCUGGGCAAUACUUAUCACCUGGGCAUGCGGCCCGGCAUUGAGACUUUGCGUCGCGCCGGUGGUCUGCACAGCUUUAUGGGGUGGCCGAGGGCCAUACUCACGGACUCAGGUGGUUUCCAAAUGGUUUCGCUGCUGCAGCUUGCUGAGAUCGACGAGCAUGGUGUCAAAUUUCGCUCGCCCUUCGACAAUAGUGAGUGCAUGCUGACCCCGGAGCAUUCGAUACAGAUCCAAAAUGCGAUUGGAGCGGACAUAAUGAUGCAGCUGGACGAUGUGGUGAAGACGACGACUACUGGACCACGAGUGGAGGAAGCUAUGGAGCGCACUAUACGUUGGGUGGAUCGUUGCAUUGAAGCACAUGCGAGGGACGAUGAUCAGUCUUUAUUUCCAAUUGUGCAGGGUGGCCUGGAGACGCCGCUACGUGAACGUUGCGUCUCCGCAUUAAUCGAGCGACGUGUACGUGGCUUUGCCGUCGGAGGCUUAAGUGGCGGCGAGAGCAAGGACGACUUCUGGCGCAUGGUACAUGUCUGCACGGAUCGAUUGCCGCGUGAUAAGCCGAGAUAUCUAAUGGGCGUGGGCUUUGCGGCGGAUUUGGUCGUUUGCGUCGCUUUAGGAAUUGAUAUGUUCGACUGUGUAUUUCCAACGCGUACCGCGAGAUUCGGUUGUGCUCUAGUGGAUCGCGGACAACUGAAUUUGAAGCAGCAAAAGUACAAGCACGAUAUGCAGCCCAUAGACAAGGAAUGCGAGUGCAGCACUUGCCUACGAUACACACGCUCCUAUCUUCAUCACAUUGCCACCAACGAGAGUGUCUCCUGUUCCCUUCUUUCAGUCCACAAUGUGGCCUAUCAACUGCGCCUGAUGCGUGGCAUGCGUGAGGCAGUGCAUCGCAACGAAUUUCCACAAUUCGUACGAGAUUUUAUGGCACGACAUUUCGAAGGGGAGCCCUUGCCCACUUGGAUACGCGAGGCACUAGCUGCUGUGCACAUAGAAUUGCCGCCUGACAUUGUGGACGAACAGGCAGCUGCCCAGAGUUGAUACAAAUAAAUGGACUCUGGUACAAAUAUAAUAAAAUAACUUGAUGUAU